GGAGAGUGGGAGCUCGCGCUUCUUGCUCCAGGGGAGUAUUAUUACCUCGGAUGGACUCGAGAUAAGAGACAAGAACACGCUGCUCACCUCCUAGUUCCGAUCCACUUUGCGCGUUAAGUUACGAGCGCACAGUUCCGCCGGAGCCCGAGCGGCUCUCAUGCGCUGAAGUGCCACCGGCGCCGGGUUUGAAUGUGUUUCAUGUGUUGGAGGAAGACUUCUCACUCGGGCGACAUUCACAGGCGCGUCGGCGUGCGGCUUCACCCCCUUGGAUGCGGCUGUCGGGGUCGCUGUCUGCGCCCUGCGGGACCCGCCUGUCAUAGGGCACCAUGAUCUCUCUGCUUCUUCACAAGUGGAUGAGGCGUAUUUCACCGGAGAUGCUGCUGUUGGUGCAGAUAUUGUGUUUUUUACCUCUGACUGGAGCCGCUCCGUCCCAAAUGACCGAGCAGCUGGACACCGGGGUGGACUGGCUGAGUAAGUUUGGCUACCUCCCGCCCCCUGAUCCAGUGACUGGUCAGCUUCAGACCACGGAGGCCCUGACCAAGGCCAUCAAAGCCAUGCAGAAGUACGGAGGGCUGAAGGAGACCGGAGUCUGGGACCAAGACACGAUGGGUCUCAUGAAGACACCCAGAUGUUCCCUGCCAGAUGUUUCCGAGGCGGAGGGGUCAAUGGGCCGCAGGAAACGCGGCUUGAACCCUCAGAACAAAUGGAGUAAGAGGCAUCUCUCUUGGAGAGUGAGGACCUUCCCCAAGGAUUCGGCCUCACUGGGCCGGGACACGGUCCGAGCCCUGAUGUACUACGCCCUGAAGGUCUGGAGUGACAUCGCACCGCUAAACUUCCAUGAAGUGGCCGGCAGUGAUGCGGACAUUCAGAUUGACUUCACGAAGGCCGACCACAACGAUGGGUAUCCGUUUGACGGGCCGGGGGGAACCGUGGCGCACGCAUUUUUCCCCGGAGAGAAGUUCACAGCUGGAGAUACACACUUUGAUGAUGACGAGGCCUGGACCUUCAGAUCUCCAGACUCUCAUGGGAUGGAUCUGUUUGCGGUGGCGGUCCAUGAGUUUGGCCACGCCAUCGGCCUGGUCCACACCUCAGCCAUCGAGUCCAUCAUGAGGCCGUACUACCAGGGUCCUGUAGGAGACCCUCUGAAAUACGACCUACCCUAUGAGGACAAAGUCCGCGUCUGGCAGCUCUACGGUGUCAGAGACUCGGUGUCCCACACAAACAGACCAAGCAACCCGUCUCAGACGGCGGAACCUCCUGUCCUCCUGGACCUCCCUGAAAACAGAUCCACCCUCCUGCUGGCUCGAGAUGCCCCGGACAGAUGCACCAGUACUUUCGAUGCCGUGGCCCAAAUACGAGGGGAGGCCUUCUUUUUCAAAGGGAAGUACUUUUGGCGACUGACGAGAGAGAAGGACCUGGUGUCUCUGCAUCCGGCUCAGAUCCAGCGCUUCUGGAGGGGCCUCCCAACCAAUCUGGACCGUGUGGAUGCUGUUUAUGAGCGGCCUGGGGACCACAAGAUAGUCUUUUUCAAAGGUCUACAGUACUGGGUAUUUCAAGACAACAUUGCUGAGGAGGGCUACCCUCGUCCAAUCAGUGACUUUGGCCUGCCCUUGGAAGGAGUGGAUGCAGCCUUUGUGUGGUUACACAACGACAAAACCUACUUCUUCAAGGACAGCCACUACUGGCGCUACGAUGACCACCUGAGGCGUAUGGACCUGGGCUACCCCAAAGACAGCUCGCUCUGGAAGGGGCUGCCGACACAACUGGAUGACGCCAUGAGGUGGUCUGACGGCUCAUCCUAUUUCUUCAAGGGGAAGGAGUACUGGCGAGUGCCGACCAGCGCCAUGGAGGCGGAGGCCGGGUCCCCGCGCCCCAUCGCUAAAGACUGGCUGCUGUGCACCGAGAUGCAGUCGGACUCUCCGGACUCGGAGCCCAAAAGCACGGAGACGAGAGUCAACGUGCCGCCUCAGCCGGACCACGCGGAGAACGGCUACGAGGUGUGCUCCUGCACCUCUGGCGGCGCCUCUCCUUCGGGAGCGCGGCCCUCCCCGUCUCCCGUGUGGCUGCUGCCGCCUCUCUGGACGCUCUCGCUGGCCCUCCGCUCAGAACCGCUAUGAUGCCAAAGCAUGGGACAACGCUCCUGAGCUGACAGGUGACGGGCCAGAGACUCAUUGGUGGACACUCGGACUGGAUACAUUUUGUUCAUAUACAUUUCAAACGGUAUGAUUUUCUUUGCUAUUAUUUUGCUGUUAUUUAUUUCACGGUCAUUUAAAGCGCCCUGCGUUAUGGGUCGUACUAGGAUGUGUGUGUGUGUCUGCGGGGCGUCCACAAUGCUACUGCCGCGCUUCACAAAUUGAGUUACGCAGAAUCAUAAGUCCUAUCUCUCCGUUUCUUCUUGAAUGGCUGAACUGAAUCAGGAAGAGUACUCGAGUGUGCCUGUUGUGAAAUGUGUUCACAUGAAAUACAGCCGUGUCCCAACAGCAGCUACAACAAUGACUUAUUCAUGUUGAACAAGUUCACAACUAUACCUACAUCCUGGGAUGUAGACAACCGUAGAAUGGUAACCUGAGAAGUUGAUGACGGGGGGGUUAUGUAAAGGCAUGUUUUACCUGAACGGAAUAGUUUGACAUUUGGAGAAAUGUAUUAUAUUUAUUCUCUUUCUUGCUGACAAAUAAGCUAACUCAGCUUAGCAUUCAGAUGGGAAAAGGGGGAAACGGCAAACCAGGCUUUUGUCAAAAACAGACUAGCAGUUUCCAGGUUUAUGCUAAACUGGUCCAGAUUACAACCUUUUAUUUACUUUACAGAUAUGGGAAUGAUAUUGAUCUUAUCAUAUAAACCUCGGCAUGAAAGCACAAUAAUGCAUUUCCCAAUAUGUCAAACUAUUGCUCUAUACAGUGCCUGGAAAGUGGAUCUUGCCAGGCAGUUUAGGGCCUUCCAUUAUGCUCCACCAAUCAAAUGGUUGUGUUUAAGUGUAAAUCGGUUACAGUUACCGAUCCCUGGAGAAGGACCUGAAGCGCCUGCUCCAACAGAACAGGACAGCCAGGAUAGAUGCAGUAGAUACUGUAGACGGGUGACUGAACCCCUGAAAAGUAGUGGAGAUUAAUAGUUAGGUGAACAGAUGAAUGGCUCCAUGGGAUGUUGACAGGGAGACAAAUAAAUGGGACGCUGGGAUGCCGACAGGUAGAUGAAUGGCAUGAGAGGAAAAGCCCCCUGUGCCGUGGGAAGUGGGACAACAGUAUGAAGUCUAAAUGUUUCUCAGUGUCACUUAACGCCAUUAUCACGACUUCUAUCUCGUACCUGUAUGCCCACGCUCUGUGAGGAACCGCUGCUCACGUAUCUCCAAAGGUUCCUUUUAAGCUGCGGAUUUGUAGUACUUUUGGUAUAAAUAUGGACAGAUUGUGAUUCCAUAUUGCUUUGAUCAGAUUACACUUCAUCAAGGCUUUUUUUUCUCCCCCUCACCGCUGGACGACACCCUCUUAUCAAUCCGAGCUCCUUCUGGUGACGUUGUUAUAAGACCUCACGUGAUAGCAACCGAAUUUAUUCUUCUUGCUGAUAUAUUUACCUACAAUUUAAAUAAAGACACAGAUAUAUUUGAGUCGAGACGUCCCACGGUUACUUCAAAAAUCAAGUGGAAUGUGUAUAUUUCAAGGUGUGUUUUCUAAUGUAAAGUAUUUUUGUAGAAAAAUAAAAGUAUAUGAAUGAA